AUGGCAGGAAACGCGGUAGUCACAGAAGCAGGCCUAAAAACCAAACUCAUAGAACAAUUACAAGCUAUCCAUGUCGAAAUAGAAGAUAUGUCGGGCGGAUGCGGACAAGCUUUCUCGGCCAUUAUUGUGUCGCCUCAAUUCGAGAAGAAGACGACGUUAAUGAGACAUCGAUUAGUUAAUAAAGUUUUGAAGGAUGAAAUUGCCGCUAUACAUGCUUGGACGCCGAAAUGUUCUACGCCGGAACAAUGGGAGCAGCAGAAGGCUGAGGGGAGGGAACCGGUUGCGCCCGGUAAGGAUACGACUGGUGAGGUGGUGACUGGAACCACAGCGUGA